AUGACGACAACUUUAGAUAUGAAUACACCUGAAGAAACAACAAAGGAUACUCAUAUUAAUGAAAAUACACAGCAUUAUAUCGAUAAAUUACAAGCACAACUUGUUCAAGAUCAAAUUCAACGAAAACAUGGAAGAGAUUAUGCACGAAUUUUACGUGAAUACAAUAAACCUGCUCAUUGGUAUAAAGCAUCUCCGGUAACACAGUCUGUUUAUUUUUAUGAUCCACAUUAUCAAAGAUAUCUUCAACAACAGUCAAAACCAUCAUGGCAUAUUCCUUCUAUUACUCCGCCAAGCCGAACAGCUAAUCGAUCGACAUCACAUCCUACAAAGUAUAACAUAAAUUUACAUAAUCCAUCUAAAAAUCAUCAACAAAAUCCAAAACUUCCAUCUCGAUUACAAUCUGUACCAACAUUACCACCAAUAGCUACAUACAAAAAAUCAAAUGAUAAAUAA